UCAAAAUGGUGGACAGACUUUUUUAAGCCGCAAAGUUCUAUAAUUUUACCAGCAAACYUAAUGCAUUUUAGACUUGAAAAUAGGGCUUAUUGAACAGCUUUAUUCACUUUAAACAAUAAUUUCCACUGUGCGCCGGGUUAAAAUUUAUAAUUCAAGAUUUUCAAAAAUGUCGCGUCCUCCUCAUCAGUUGUGGAGAAAUGCAGCUACAUUAAUGUUGAUAGCAAGAAGUUCUGUGCCAAGAACUCCAUUUAACUACAGAAUACUACUGUUAAAGAGAAGUUCAAAAAGCAGAUUUAUGCCAAAUCGGUAUGUAUUCCCAGGAGGGGUCAUUGAUGAAGCGGAUUUUUCAGAAGAAUGGCUUGAUCUAUACACAGAGUCUUCUAAUGGCUCAGAUUUCUCAAGUUUAGUCAAUAUGAAGAAUCCAAGGCCGCCUAUCUUUAAGAUAUCCAACACGACCAUCCCAAGUGAAGUGGCACUAAGAAUUUGUUCUAUAAGAGAGACAUUUGAAGAAUCAGGAAUUUUGCUAUUAAAGAAAAUGUCAAAAGAUGACAAUGUGAYCACACAGGGGUGCUGUGAGGUAUAUGACCACCAUUCAAAGGGAGAAAUACAAAAAUGGAGAGAAAAUGUGCAUAAUGAUCCUACUAAAUUUAUUGCUUUAUGUAGGAAUUUGAAGAGUGUUCCAGAUAUCUGGUCAUUGGGGGAGUGGUCAAACUGGCUGACACCUCCAGAUAUUAAAAUAAGAUUUGACACAGUGUUUUUUAUAUGUUUUGUUGAUUAUGMGCCUGUUUCUCAACACGAUAACAAGGAAAUGAUACAUUCUCAGUGGAAAAUGCCGAUUGAAGGGAUCGUAGAAUAUUACUCAAAGAAAAGUAAUAUCGGUGCACCGCAGAUGUACACCUUGCUACAGCUUUGCAGAACAACCAAGUGGGAAGAACUAAAAGCCUUUCAAGAAGCGCGUGCAAAUGAAGGCUUUAACAGAUGGAUGUCAAUUCGCCUCAAUUGUGCCAAUGGAGCAAUCGGUUUACUCCCUGGAGAUGAUUUAUACCCUAUGGCACUGGAUUACGUUGCCAAACAAACAAAUGGCGACUAUGGGGUCAGAGAUGGGCCUGUCCCAAUACAACAGCUCGACGAAACGAUGGAAGAGCUACAAGCCCGAACCAAAAAUCACAACCGAUUUUGUGURAGCAAAUCGAAAGUGCCGCGCUUUAAGAUCCUGGUCAACUGUUCUUUGGAAAAGAGGGCGCUGCCUCCGGUUUGUGAUGCUGGAGAAAUUCAAAAACUUGCACGUCAGUUGGAAGCCAGGUUAUAGAAUAAAUAGAGGCAACAAAAAUCGUCCGAUCCCCCCUAUAGGCGAUAAUUAAAUGACUUGUCCCUUAGGGCAGGGCCGUAACCAGGGGGGAGCACAGGGUGCACGUGCACC